AUGGAAGACAGCUCCGCGGAGAAGUCGCAAGAGAUGGACGACACGCCCACCCUGACAGGCUCUCGAGGGAAAGCUUCGACCAGAACUCAAGCUACAAAAUCGGACAAUGGCCCAGCUUCGAAAAGACGUUGUGUCAGUACGGCGUGUAUCGCCUGCCGCAGGAGGAAAUCCAAGUGCGAUGGAAAUCUACCGAGUUGCGCAGCCUGUUCCUCUGUCUAUCACACAGCCUGCGUCUACGAUCCGAAUUCCGACCAUCGCAGAAAAGGUGUAUACAAGAAGGAUACCGACGCGUUGAGAACGAAAAACACAACAUUGUUGACGUUGAUACAAGCCUUAUUGAACUACGAGGAGGAGGAUGCAUUCGACUUGGUUCGCCAGAUUCGGUCGUGCGAUAAUCUCGAAGAUGUCGCACAAUCGAUCCUCGGUCAAGGGAGAGGUUCCACGGCGGGCCCUGAGGACACAGGAGCUAGUGGAGAUGAAGCCCUAACGCAGACUGACCAGUUCGAGUCGGAGUUAGCGGGGAAGAUGAGUGAACUUGUCUUGGACGGCUCCCGCAAAUUCAUUGGGGGCACGUCGAACCUCAUCUUUCUGCCUCCCGGAUCAGAGCUGAAUGAAUUUAGAUCAUCCCUAGGUGCCCAGGAGUCGGAUCAGGGCCAUGGUGAUUAUUCCGUCACACGGUGGACCCGUGUUACCCAGGAUGAGAGACUGAUCAGUCAUCUCAUGACAAUGUAUUUUACCUGGCAUUACCCGUUCUUCACGACCCUUUCUAAGGAUUCAUUUUAUCGGGACUAUAUACGCGGGGUGCCCAGCCAGUAUUGCUCGACUUUGCUCGUCAAUGCAAUGCUAGCCCUGGGUUGUCAUUUCAGCUCCUGGGAAGGCGCUCGGGAGGAUCCAGAGAAUUCUGCCACGGCGGGCGAUCAUUUCUUCAAAGAGGCCAAAAGGCUAUUCUUCGAGAACGAUGAACACGCGAAUGCAAAGCUAUGCACCGUACAAGCGCUGGCUCUGCUGUCGGUGCGUGAAGCGGGCUGUGGCCGCGAGAGCAAGGGCUGGGUCUACAGCGGGAUGAGCUUUCGGAUGGCCUUCGAUUUGGGCCUCAACUUUGACUCGACCAGCCUCGGGGCGCGGGAUCUGGGCGAAGAAGAAGUGGAUGCACGCCGGAUAACAUUCUGGGGUUGCUUUCUGUUCGAUAAGUGCUGGUCUAAUUAUCUCGGUCGCCAGCCUCAGUUGGCGGGAUCUAGCAUUAGCGUCCCGAAAGUGGAUAUAUUGCCUAACGAGGAAGCUGAAUUAUGGUCCCCAUACAUGGAUACGGGAAUCUUCCGGCUGUGCGAGAUCAAUGGCGACCUGCUUGUAUUCUUCUACGACCCGACCCCAAAGGAGAAACCUACCACUAAGCAGGCAGAACUCAAGAAACUCAGCGAUCUGCAUACAAGGCUUGAAGCCUGGAAGAAGGAUCUACCAAAGGAACUCAGACCACAAGAGGGGCAGCUUCCUCAGGCACUUCUAAUGCAUAUGUUCUACCAGCUCCUUCUCAUACACCUUUAUCGACCUUUCCUCAAAUACUCCAAAGUCAAUUCUCCGCUUCCCCAACAUGUGUCUCCCCGGAAAUUGUGCACACAGGCUGCUUCUGCAAUCUCAAAGUUGCUGAGGAUGUAUAAACGGACCUACGGGUUUAAGCAAAUCUGCAACAUUGCAGUCUACAUUGCCCAUACCGCGUUGACUGUACAUCUUCUCAAUCUUCCAGAGAAGAAUGCUCAGCGAGAUGUCAUACAUGGCCUGCGGCAUCUCGAAGAGAUGGGUGAGAGUUGGCUCUGCGCACGGCGCACCCUCAGGAUUCUAGAGAUUUCUGCCAACAAGUGGCAUGUCGAACUGCCGGCAGAGGCUACAGCCACCUUUGAACAAACACAUGCCAAAUGGGGAUCUUGGGGCUCAUGGGAUCAAGCGAUAUCUCCUCCGCCUUCCGAGGAGUCACCGCCAGCUCCAACCAUGCAUUAUCCGGUUGCAGAUCCAAGCAAUCGGUCAUUGAACGUCCAGCUUGCGCAGGGCGCUACCCGGCUUCCUGAGCCUACGUAUCUCCGGCCCGUAACUAACGCCUAUAAUCAGUUCCAGCCCGUUCCGGUGGCCCAGCAGGAGGUCUGGUAUGCCCCAGACGAAGAACAGAUCCGCGCAUUCACCACUGGGCAGAACAUUCCUGCAACCACGACGUCGUCUCCUGUAACACCCUUUGAUGGGCCGGAAAAUCUUGUAGAAGAGAGCCAAGACUGGUGGUCUCGUGAAUCGAGCGCCAUGACCUUUGGAAUGGACCAUUGGGUACCAGGAUGGAACCCUGGUAUGACUGGGAGAGAACCCGACAUGCGGUUCGGAAACCAUUACGCCAACGUUGGGCAGACAUCGGGAGCCGAGAAUAGCUCUCGACCAACCCCAACGAUGGGGUUUGGGGUUGGAGCCCCUCCAGGGAGUGCUAAUCCGGAGCAGCAUCCAGGGAUGUCUGGCUACAGUGGCGUGUGA